AUGGCCACCAAUAAUGUUGUCUGGUACUUUGCCUACGGCUCAAAUAUGAGUAGCUCCAAAUUCACCGGUUCCCGUGGCAUCCAUCCGAUCAAGAUCGCCCGCGCAAGAAUUCCCGGCUGGACCCUUACGACCGAAAUUCCUGGCACGCCCUACUCGGAACCUGCAUAUACGUCUAUCCGUCCAAUUACAGGGACUGACGAUCCCAAGACCCGCGAAGUACUAGGAGUCGCGUAUCUCAUCACUGACGAGCAAUACGUGCAUCUCGUUGCGUCGGAAGGCGGUGGCAUCGCUUAUGCCGAUAUCGCGGUACCGGCUCUUCCAGUUACGAGCCAGGAUGAGAGGGCCACAGGGAAGAAGUUUGUCGUGAGAACUCUGGGGACAAUAUUGAGGCGAAGUCCUGGAUCCAGCCCUAGUGCAAGAUAUAUGAAACUUCUCACGGAUGGUGCGACAGACGCCGAGCUCCCAGAAGAGUACUGCCAGUACCUUUGUCAUAUUCCCAAGUACGAGCCCCCACAGGAUUUGCGGCGCAAGAUUGGCGCAAUGCUGUUCCUUGCGUUUUGGCAUCCUGUCAUGCUACUAGUGGAGAGGAUGGCUUUGUUGAGCUUGGGACCAGACGGAAAUGCUCCAGCAGAGGCGACGGAGUAA